AACAAUUUUUAGUGUGAAAACCAAUCAUAAGUCAUUUUCUUCAGGGUUGUAACUUCAAAUUGUCACUAAAUGAAUGGCUUUAAGUUGACUAUCUGUAGCUAUUUCACAAAAUGCAUUGGCAGGAUUCAAAGAAGUAUACAGGGAUAAACACACAUUUUUCAUAACAAAUAAAACAUCACACUAACAAGCAAAUCAACCUGAUGACUAAUGCAAACAUUAAUACAUAUUUUUUUGAUCAAAUCAAUAUCUUUAUUAUAGUUUUUAUCAGCCUUUAGAGUAAAAAAAGAGAAAUGGUUUGACACAAGAAUUCGCUAUUGGGAAAGAGAAAACAUAAUUAAAAUUUUUGUGGAGUUGUAUAACUUGAUGAAUAUAUUUGGCCACCUGAUAUGUGAUCCCUUAAAAAUCAAGUGGUUCUCAUGUUUGGAAAUGAUUAGAUCAGAGCACAUCUUGGGCAUCAUAAAAGAGACAUGAUAGGAGGACAUGAGGAAGAGUUUCUGUCUCCCUGGAGCCACAAGGGCAAAGUCUCUGCAAAUAAGGAGUCCCAUGAAUUCUUCCUGCCAGUAGCCCUGAUGGGAGAGACUCAAAGUGGGGUCUGAAAAGGCUCAUCUACAUUUGCUUAAGGUACAACUCUUCUACAAAAAAGAAUCCUGAUUUAGAUUAAUUUCCAUUUUGUGCUUCCCUAUUACAAGGUGUUACACAAGUAAACAAUGAAAGUGUUGUUAUUGAAAGAUCCAAAGGAAAGUGAUAGUGGACCAGAUUCUUACAUAAAGGAACUUGGUUCACACGGACUCAAAGCAACCUUAAUUCCAGUUUUAGCAUUUGAAUUUAUUUCUCUUCAAACUUUCUCUGAAAAACUUUUUCAUCCUGAACAAUACCGUGGAUUAAUUUUUACCAGUCCAAGAGCAGUAGAAGCUGUUAAAUUAGGCCUAAUGGAUAGUUGUAAAAAAGAAGCUUGGAAGAAUUAUCUGAGAGAAGAAUGGAAUACUAAACCUGUUUAUGUGGUAGGGAAAGCUACUGCUGGAUUAGUAAUUGAAAUAGGUCUCAAACCACAAGGAGAAGAUUGUGGAAAUGCUGAAAAACUAGCAGAAUUCAUUUGCUACCGGGAGCCAUCCAAUUCAUUGCCUCUUCUUUUUCCAUGUGGUGCUCUAAAAAGGGAAACACUUCCAACAAUGCUCAAGGACAAAGAUAUUGUAUUGGAAUCUGUCACUGUUUAUCAAACCAGCCAACAUCCUGACCUCCAGGAAUCCUUGACGAAUUACUUCUCACAAGAGGGUGUUCCUGCUAGUAUUAUUUUCUUCAGUCCUUCUGGUGUCAAGUAUUGUCUGAAGCAGAUUUUGAAAUUGUCAGGUGAUCUCAUUUCCCAAAUUAAGUUUGCCGCAAUAGGUCCAACAACAGCUGAAGCUCUUGUAAAUGAAGGAAUCUUAGUAAGCUGUACAGCCAGUCGCCCUACCCCCCAGGAUCUUGCUGCUGAACUUAGAAAAUGCCUCUAGCUGUAAUAUAUUUGAAGACUCUAUGAUUGAAAUUAUGUAAUUUGCAGUAAUGUCUAAAAUUAAAAAUACCUUCUUUACGAUUUAA